AUGGUUCUCACUGGAGUCAAUUCGAAGGCCAUCCGGAAGGGCGACACGGAACCGCCGCUCUCUUCCGGAACUUUCCGCGUCUACAACAUGCGAUUCUGUCCGUGGGCCGAACGAGCGAUGCUCUACGUGGCAGCCAAGGGCAUCGAGUGAGCCAUUGCAGUUGGGAAACGGGCAAUCGACCGGAGGUAUUUCAGCGCGGAAGUAGUGAAUUUGAAUGUGACGGACAAGCCGGAGUGGUACUGGAACAAACAUUAUUUGGGCAAAGCGCCCGCGGUGGAGCACGACGGAAAAGUGGUGAUCGAGUCGGGAUUCAUUCCCGAAUACCUCGACGACGCGUUCCCGGAAGCUCGCAUUCUGCCGACGGAUCCGUACGAGAAGGCGCAGCAGAAACUGCUCGCGGAUCGGUUGACGGCCGUGGGUUCCCUUCUUCAGCCGGGCGGACGCAGUUUCAAUCGUUCCAAGUUCAGGUUGCUCAUGCCGUUCCCCUUUUGUUCGCCGUGAUGCGGGACCGUACUCUGAAGGACGAGAAGCAGGUGAAGGUGUUCGAAGUGCUCAAACAGGCCGAGGACUUGCUCUCCGAUAAGUUCUUCGCAGGUUCGUGUCGAGAGAAUCGGAAUCGCAGUUUAAUAUUUCGUUUCAGGUGCAAAACCGGGUUAUCCGGAUUACCUCUCGUUUCCCUUCUUCGAGAAGAUCUGGUGGGCGACCGAACUGCAAGUCGUCGAUCUUCCGCAGACGUCGUUCCCGGGAAAGGAGAACUAUCCAAAGCUAACUCGUUGGUUCGAUGCCAUGAUCCAUUCGGAUGUCGUCACGUCGGUCACUCAGUCACUGGAGCACGGCUCGGCAUUCAUGAAUUCGUACGCAACACAUCAGUCACUCGACUACGACUUGGGAUUGGACGAUUAA